UCAGGUUCCGGUCGGGACGUCGAGACGCCGGCGUCGACGCAGUAGGCCGCCUCACUUCGAUCGUCACCGCCCUGCCGCUGCCGCCCCGCGCCGACACACAAUAAAAUAAUAUCUUCUUUUGGUGGACGGUGUGCUUCUCGCGCUCGAGCUUACAUAGUUUCCUAACAGCGACAGGAACAAGUUUCGGCUACCGUAUCACGUGUUACCCGCAGACCACGGAUAGUCCGGUGUGACGCUGCAAGGUGUGUCCCCCGUUUAGAAUAGUUCCGAGUGAUGUUAUUGUGACGGAUCUCUACGCCGAUUUAGUGUUUUAUAGUGCAGUGGUUUCAGUAAUACGCAGUACUUUUAGUGGCGUAUGACCUUAACUGUGUUUUGUAAAACUAUAAUUAAGUGAAUGUAAUAAUAACUUUGUAGAUAAAGUUAGGUAAACAAAGUUUAAGGUUAUGUUUUACUGUAACCUGUAUAGGAUUCUGAAGUGAGGUCUAUGGUUAAAUUAAUUUAUACUUAAAUCGAUAAAAAUGUAAAUGCUUCAUCACUCGGGUGAAUACGACCACCCAGUGUUUCGAGUGAAGGUGUUUAUAUCCCUGCCAUCGUGUGGUUCCCAGGUGUCGGCGCUCUGCCCCUGAGGCAAGACGAGACUCCCCGUUCCCUGUCCGGCCAGCAGUCCCGCCUUGCCGUUCAAUGUCCCGUAGUCAUGCAAAAUGAACCUUCUGAACAGCCCAUAGACGAAAAGUCUGAGACGCAUAACUGGCAUCAGUAUCAACAAACUAACACUUUUGGGACCUCUUUCGGAAUUAAACCCGUUGGAAACUUCGAAGCGCAAAGAUUUGACCAAAGACCACCGAGUCUACCAAUUAGAGGAGGGAUUCAAGUUCUUCCACCCGUGGUGCCUCCCAGAACCGUUAACGGAAGUAUCCCUAACCAAUCUAGCCAAACUAAUCAGUUAAAUCAGCCAAAUCAAUAUAACCAGCCGAGCCAGCCCAAUGUUUCCAAUCACCCUGUAGCAGCUCCUAGGCCGAAGCCUAAACCUCCUCUGCCUCCUAAGAGAGAUGAGUUGACUCGGCUAACCACAGUCAGAAGAGAUCCUCCUGUUCAGCAGAAUCAGCCUCCAGUGACUCCUCCAAGACCAAUAAAUGAACAUCACUCGUUGGAUCAAGGUAUUCCCGAUGUUGUUCCAACACAUAUUAAACAUGAUGACCAAGUAGAUAUACAGUGCCCCCCAGAAAUACCCCCGAGGCCAGAAGAGAAUGCUCUUAAAGCGUUGCAACAGGAGAGUGUAAAUAAUGAGUUUUCCAAAUCAGUAACUGAGGAUGAAUUAGAUUUUCCAAAUCCCGAUUUAGAUUCAUCACAGGACCAAUCUCUAGAAAGCCCGUCUUCUGAGGACGGAGCGACUGCAGAUAUAUGGGUAAGAGCGAUAGACUCUCCUGUUAAGAGAAAACCAUCGGGAGAAGAUACUUCGAGUAAGCCUUCAAGUCGACAUGCAAGUACAAGUGACGAGACGGAGGAAAAAGAUGUAAAGCCCCAGCCAAAUAAAGACCUUCCACCUUCUGGUAAACAUAGAGCAGUGUUAGAUAAGUCAUACAUUAAAAGUCUCAAAGAAAGUGAUGAUGUGAACGCAAAACAAAAGGCUAACGAAGUUCAAAUACCAAGUAGUGUAGAUUUAAGUAAUGAUAAUUUUGCUCAACAAUUAACAUCAAAUCAAGCUGUACCCACGAAUGUAUAUAAUGAUUCCGCCAAACGCACACCCUCCCGAGUUGUAGGAAGUGAAAGUCUUCCUUGCAGUCGACCGAGUUCAAGAGCGACAAGUAGAUCUUCGUCUCCCGCGUCAUUUGUCAGUGAGAAACAGACGUCAACAAAAACAGGGAGAAUAAGUGCAGCCGAAGCACUUGGAGUGGUAGCCAAGCCUUGUCCUCGACCUCCAACCGCCAAAAGAUCGAAGCAACCACAAGAAUAUCGCCGCCAGUCGUUAGGUAAUUUAUCCGAUUCCAAACUAUCGAUUGGCUACGACCGUAGUAACUGUAGUAUAUCUUGUACCAUAAGAGGGCUCUGGAACUCUGUUGGGGAGACUACUGAAGCUCUUUCAGAGCCAGGCAGAGAAUAUCGUCGUCACGGCCAAAGAGGGUCUAGUGCAGACGGAACUAGAACUCUAUCUCGCAUAAAAUUUGAUUGUGGUCACCCAACUUGGGAGGGAACAGACACUUUUAAAGGAUAUUUUGGAGAGACUCAGUCGGUAACUGGCUACAGCACACUAUCGCGAAUCGGUAGAUCAAAAACAGAUAAAUAUUUUGCAAGAUCUACAACUCCUGUUCAAAGUGGAUAUUCUUCUGGGGAUUCGUCAAGUAUUAAAGAAGACUUCUUGCCAAAAAAACCUGUAAAAUCGGAGAAGAUCGAUGCUGCUGGAAGACCAAAGUCAACCUGUAAUUGUGGCCAACAUACAAACGCCCCAGUCAGAGUAGAUACAGGAAAGAGGACAUUCUCAGUUGAAGAAUUAACAACAGCUUUUGCAAGACAGUGUUCAGAGUUUUCAAGAGCAUCUCCAGGCUCUGGAUCGGCCAGAGGGUCUUUUGGAAAGUCUCCAAGGGUUACCUUUGCCUUAGCUGAAGAUAUGGGUGCGAGUGGAGGAGCAAUUUCGAAACAUUCAGAACCCGAGCGGUCUUCUGGAGGAGCAUCAAAGAAAAUACUUCGGGGCAAAUCACUGCCAAAUCCAUCAACAGACUCGGACGAUGGUGUUGAUUCCAGGAUGAGCGGACUGCAGCACAAACAGUUCCAGGGUGGAGGGCAGGCACUGCCAUCACAGAGUAACCGAAGUCAACCUGCCAUUGGACUGAAGCAGACACCUAAAACCAGGGUUGGUUGGAGUUUGACAGCAUGUAGCCGUUGACUUGAGUUGUAGCGAUGGAUGACACGGAGAUACAGGAGACCGUGGAGAGUAUCCUUGGAAAGGGGGUGAAGGUGGUGGACUGUGAGAAGAAGUCCUGUGUCAAGGAAG